AUGAAUAAAAAAGUAGAUAAGAAUCACCUUCAUUCCAAUUUCUGGCAACGAGUCCAGGAGGAAUAACUGGGUGUCACUUUCAAAUCCUCCUGGCUCAACAAGAUCACUGAAGACGCUGAGAUCCAGUACGUGAAGGAAUUCAAAAAAAAAACAGCCAAAGACAAAUUCAAGCACAUUCUCCAAGUUCCCUUGAUUGUUACUGAUAAGCAAUUCCUGAGGAGACGCUAAACCUUUUAAACCUACACCAAAAAUGCCACACUGGAUCUCUACUACCUCCAAUUAAAAAAAGCCAAAGGCUUAGGCAAGAGCAUCUCGGAAAAGGCUGAUUACAAUCAAGUUAUCUAACAAACCAAGAAUAAUCGAUUAUAAAAUGAGUAUUUGAAUACAUUUAAAAAGAAUUAAGGAAUUAUGUUUAUUAAUUUUAUCAUAUCUUAUAGGUAUGACAACACAUUGUGGUCAGACAGAUAUUACAAUGGCAUAAUACAGCAAUCGAGACUCGCUAACCUCCAGAAGGUCCUACAACGCAACAAAUUCAAAGGCAGAGAAGAACUUCUAGCCUAAUUUGAACAAUUCUUUGCAAGCAAACAACUCGUAGUUGGUGCCAAAAAGUCAGUCCCUGAACUCAUCAAAGAAAUCUCAAAUGCCUUCGGAGAAGUCAUGCCCAAAGACACAGACCAAGAUGAUAAACAAGAGGCUCAUGUAAGAGAUAAAUCUCUAGAUUUAUAGCGAAAUGAGAUCACUCUUAAUAUGAACACUCGUCCUUGCACUCAACAAGCCGCACUCAGAACAUCCACUGAGCCCAGACCACAGACUCAUCACAACUACUACUCCCAAUACAGCAAACCCAGUUUUGAUCUAAUAGACACCAACACCAGGUGUUCCACAAACCAAGUCAAACAAAGGAAAUUCAAAUAAAGUGCUGUCCAAAGAAUCAAGCAUAUCCUCACCCAAGCAGACGAUGUCCAACUUGAAAACAAGGAAGUCUUUAAAUAGUUGCAGACCUUUUAGGAUCAUGAGGGAAAUCAAGCUACUCAUAGAUCCGAAGUUAUCAAGGCCAAAGUCUAAAGGGAAUAAUUGAUAGGCGCUUUCUCUUAGAGGAACAAUGUAGAUGUAAGGAAGAAGUUCGAGAAAAGAAAAGUAUAUGCUGAAAUUGUAUGA